CCAACAUCGACUCGAAAAUUCGGACACCUUCAAGCACUUUCAAGUAUCAGAGCUACGAAACGCAAUCCUUUUUCAAAACAAAUCAACACUCCAGGACUAUCAACACAAUGGCCGCUGUAUCUUAUCGACGUCGUGUGCUUGGUCAGAAAGUCCGUUCAGUCAUAGAUGACAUGGAGUUGCGUAUCAAGGACGACAUGGAUGAUGCACGCCGAAUUGUUAGAUUCGGUACCCACACGGUGCGGGUCAACGAAAUCAUCAGAAAGGUUAAAGCCCGAAUGUUUGACUACGAGGUGCAUGCUUUGGGUGACUUGAUAUCAAGCGUUGACUUGCUCGAUGCAAUCGUAAUUCUCGCCAGAAAUAGGGGUCGCUUGCUCCACGAAUUUGACACAUUCUCUGGAGAUUUGAGAGAGCUAUCGCAAUCAUAUUGCGCCCACCUUUACUACGGCCUUUCACCAGGCUACAAGCCCAAUCAACGCCCAGAAGAGCCUGUCCGAACCCGUCCCAAUCGCCGCGACAGCAGCCCAUACAUCGCAUCACGCAAGGCUAAGCCCGUACCCAAGCCGGAGCCGGAGCCGGAGCCAGAGACAGAGCCAGUUCCUGGUGUGGGUCCAGGUCCGAAGCCUAUCCCCGCUAAGCUGAAGUCAAUGAAAACGGCUGAGUGGGAGGGCUUAGGAUGGCCCAAUACGACCUGAGGCGACUGUGAGAACUGGGAGGAGCUGGCCAUGCAUACAGCUUACAGGGAGAAGCUGGAGAUCAAGGCUAGGCUCAAGGCAUAUGAGGAGGGGAAGUUGAAGGCUACAGAAGCCAAGGUCCCUGUUGAGGUAGGAAAGUCUCCAGCGAAGGGUGGCAAAAACCGAAAGGCUUAGUGACAAGAAAAUAUUAACUUAUCUGGACGUCGGUAUGAUAUAAACUCUGGAUACUAAGUAGUCCCUGAAGAUUCUCUUGUUCCACCUCACAACGGCCAAG